AUGACUGAACGAGAGCCUGAUGAUUCCCAACCUCGCAAGCGAAUUGCCGUAGCUUAUACAACCAGUGCGGUCGGUGCCGUAUCCUCGCAAGAAAUGCAGCCCCGAGACGGUGGUGGAAGCUUUGGAUACGACGUUGACACGGCGCGGGCAUACCAAACUCGGGGCACGGUAUCGCCGCUGGUCUCGCAGUACCCUGCCGAUCUGCCGAACGGGGAUGUCAUGUACCGCCAGAGCACGUAUCCGUACCCAAGCAAGAGCUACUACUCGGUUCAAGGUUGGGGAGGUGCAUAUCCUGAUGAAGGCGUCGACUACGCAAUGAACUACCCUUCAUACCCACAAAUGAGUCAGGAGCCCGUUCACAUGGUCCCGGGAUACCGCUACGGCUCCGGGUCCAAGGCGCCAGUGUACGUUGACCCAGAAGCUUCAGCAUACCCCUAUCCGAGUCUGGUCCACCGCCCCGCUUCUGCUGUCAGCAGCGAUCUCCCUAAUUUUUCCCUUUCCGGCAUGGCCGCCUCGCUUCCUACGCCCUCGGAUCGCCUCCCUAAUGUCAACCGCACCUUGACGAGUUCCUCGGCUUAUAGGAGCGAUGGUCUUCCCGGACCAAACUAUUCGAGCAACAAAGCAACCUCGGAUUACGGUAGUGUCAACUCCAGUUUCGAAUCCCCCGUUUCAUACGCGCCGACUACCACCCUUCCCUCCAAUGUCCCCGGCCGCCCGUCCGAAGCGGGAAGUGCCUAUCAAACAGCUGCAGAUACCUCGUACGGCUCCUCGGACCACCACCACUCGUACCGGUCUGCCCACGAACCCGACAGCUACGUCUACGGUGGCGAUAAAAUCGACAGCGACAGAAGGGGCUCCCAAUCCAGCGGUGGCGCCAGCGUCGGCUCGGUCCUCUCCAACGGCCAAGUUUACGUUCCUGAUCCGCAGCAUUCCCACCCCCACGCACCAGCCGGUUACGCCAUAUCCGCCGCAGCCUCGGCAACCGAAGCUACGACAGCGGCUGGUGGUCGUAGCGGCGGCAGUGUGACCUCGCAGACGCAGCACGGGGACGGCCACAGACACUCUGCCGCCAGCCUGCGAGGGGCAUAG